GACCCUAUGAAACACGACAUUGGCCUCGUGACACAAGCCACAUGGAGCGGAAAGGUGCUAAAAUUUAGAGACACAACGGUUUUUACCGUGCUCUUUUACAACCCCGAGGAUAAGGGCAGCCGCGAGCUAAUAAACGGAGAAUACGACAAAUUCGCCAAAAAAAUGAAGGGCAUUGUUAACGUUUUGGCCGUGGAUUGUAAAGAAAACCCAACUCUGUGCAAAGACAAUGCAUCCACCCUGCCUCAGAUUAUCAUCUUCCCCCUGUUCCCGUUGCCACCCUUCCCGCACCAGGGUGAGAAGGACCUGGACAGUCUGUUGAAAGCAGUGCGGCCCCUUAUUCCCUCAAAUGUAAAGUCUGUGUCCAACCAAAAGGAACUUGACGCCUUCCUUGCCUCCACCGUGCAAAUGCCGAAGGUUCUUUUCUUCUCGGAUAAGCUCACAAAGCCGUCCCUCUUGGUGAAGGCGCUCAGCAACGCCUUCAAGGACAAAUUAGCCUGCGUGCUCCUCAAUAGUGCAGCGUUCCCUGAAGCCGUGAAGAAGUACAAGGUGUCGUCUUUCCCUCAUUUGGUUGUAGUCAGGAAGGACAAGAAGGACGAGGUGUACAAGGGGGCCUUCGAGUUCCACCAGCUGUUUGACUGGCUCAAUGUAUUCUCUGAAACUUUCGUCAUGGGAGGCGGCUUCUCAGAUACCCCCGCUGCAGCCGAGUUCGACCUGGAGCUUCAGCCUUGGAAGGUCGAAGCGGUUCCGGAGCUCACCAAGCAGUCAAGCCAGGACGUUUGUUUCAAGAAGAGCAACAAAUUCGUGUGUGUGGUGCUGGCGAAGAAGGGCCGCAAGUUGACGGAAGAGGAACAGGAAAUGAUGGAGUCGCUUAAGGCAGACUAUGAGGCGCACCAAGGCAAGGGUCCAGACUUCCGCUUCAUGUGGAUUGACCUGGAAACUGAAAGCGAAUGGGCGCAACUUUUCGAACUCAAAAAGGCGCCAAGUGUUGUCGCUAUUAACCCUCAUAAGAAGGUCCGAUUCCUCAAAUUGGAUGCUGAUCUGCCGCCGACAAAGCCCCACAUUCGUAAGAUGCUGGGGAAUAUUUCGAGCGGCGACGCACGUUUUAAGAUCGUGCCCCAAGCAAAGGUCCCCAAGUUUGUUGACCGCAAGGACACGAAGGACGAAGCCAAGAAAGCCGAAACGAAGAAGGACGAGCUCUGA